GACUCGGAGAGUGGCUGCGGAGCCUCCCGCUUCCAAGAUGUUGAUGAAGCCAAUCAGAGAGCCGAGAUUCGUUUUCGCGGGGAUUCUUAUCAUCACAUAAGCGGGAAGCAAUUAUGGAUUAAUCAUAUUUUUUUUUCUUAAACUGCCGUUCUCCUGGAUUGUGGCCGGGCAGCAUGUCUCCAGAUCGAACUCCAGAAGAAACAUCCCCGUUGCUAGGGCCUCAAAGCAACGGGAAUGCAUCCUACUCCUCCAUAGCCCAACCUGGCUCCGAGGCCGAUCCAGCAUUAGCGGAGCUGGGAAGUUCCUCAAGCCAUAACCUCGCAUAUAUUAUUCUCGCCGUUUCAAUUGGCGUGUUCCUGUCCGCCGCUGAUCAGACAAUUAUCGUCGCUAGCUAUGGAAAAAUUGGCAGUGACCUUGAAGCGCUGAAUUUAACUAGCUGGGUUGCUACAUCCUACUUCUUGACCUUGACCUCUUUUCAGCCGCUAUAUGGCAAACUCAGUGAUAUCUUUGGCCGGAAGGCGUGUUUACUAUUUGCCUAUGUUGUUUUCGGUACGGGAUGCUUGUUUUGUGGUCUUGCGCAGAACAUCCACCAGCUCAUUGCUGCUCGUGCAUUCCAAGGUAUUGGAGGAGGUGGCAUGACUACAGUUGUGAGCAUCCUGAUGAGUGAUAUUAUUCCCCUUCGCGAAAGAGGUGUUUGGCAAGGCAUCAUCAAUAUUAUAUGGGCAUCCGGUUCAAGUAUCGGUGCACCUUUGGGCGGGAUUUUAGCUGACUAUAUCGGCUGGAGAUGGUCAUUUAUUGGCCAAUUUCCGCUAUGCAUUCUCGCUUUCCUCGCCGUGACGGUAUUGCUGGACCUACCAGUUCGAGAGACCAGUCACUGGAAGACCAAGCUCCGCCGUGUUGACUUCCCCGGGGCCAUUGUGCUCAUAGGGGCGACCGUCUGCUUUCUAAUUGGUCUUGAUAGAGGCAGCAAUGUCUCCUGGACAAUCCCGUUGACCGUAGUCUCACUCAGCGUUUCUGCCGGUCUCUUUGUGCUAUUCGUUGUCGUUGAAAUGUACUAUGCCAGCGAGCCCUUUGCUCCAGGCCAUAUUAUCUUCGAUCGAGCGUUUUUCCCCAGCUAUCUAUGCAACUUUUUCAGUCUGGGAGGUUGGCUCGCUGGAAUUUUCUACCUUCCGCUCUACUUCCAGGCGGUGGAUGGAGUGUCCGCUACCGCAGCGGGCAUACGUCUCCUGCCCUGCAUUGUCUCCAGCGUCUCUGGAUCCUUAUUUGCAGGGUUUGUCAUGAAAUGGACCGGAAGGUUCUACUGGAUGACGCUGAUUGCAUACCUCUGUCUCGUUUUUGGGCUCACCACUGUCUUCCUUUUCUCUGGGGGCGUGACGGAGAGUUUGAUUCCAAUGAUUCUCGGGACGAUGGUUUCUGCUUUUACAGUCGGCGUUGGCGGCACAACAACGCUGAUUAGCCUGAUUUCAAACGCAACCCCCGAGGACCAGGCCGUCGUCACCGCCUGCUCAUAUCUCUUCCGGUCCCUUGGUUCUGUCAUUUACAUCUCCCUGUCUUCCACUGUGGUGCAACAGCUUCUACGUUGGCGUCUGAGAUCGGCUUUGCACGACAGCAAGGAUGUUGACAGCAUUGUUGAUGGAGUUCGACAGAGUCUUGACUUUAUCAAGACCCUGGACCCCGCCGUCGCAAGAGUCGUUCGAGAAUGCUAUGGCUGGGCGACAAAUAAGGGUUUCGCCUUUUUGAUAGGGGUUGUCUCCUUCGCCUUUGUCAGCAGCAUAUUUAUUCGAGAACGGAGUCUCUCGCGGUGAAUGAUAUACAACAUGGACAAGUAUGGUAUAUGAAAUGAUGUUAGAGGGAAUAAAUAUUCCUUCCUUUACGAUUUCCUUCCAAAAAAAAGAUGGGACUGUGUUCAAGAUACUUUCGACGGUUGCAACCUAUGUACACUUAGCUUACAGUGUGUGUCAACCAACAACUACACAUAAUAAUGAAUUUGCGCCACUAGUUCUAUCUAGAAUUGGUUACUGAUCUACUCCAAAUGAAAC